CUUUCAUCAACUUGUGCACUUCAUGACGUGACCCUGCAGUCGUAUUGUCUCCUUACUCAUGGAUGGAGAUAAAAUGACAGAAUCACUCGACAGUGGCGGACGCGUUUCGGUUCGGAUGCUUUCAAUUGUAUAUUUUUGAAAGUGCCGACUUUGACUUGUGUAUAACUUCCCCCUUUUGAAUGUUCCGCGAAUUUGGAUUCGUUCGUUCGUCCUGAUUGCGGCGUGACGACACUGUCGGAGCUCGGAGCACAAGCCCGGUCCGGUGUCCGAGCGAGCUACGCUAUUUUCGCGGGAAGUUUAUCUCGGAAAUCAUGUUUCCGAUGUCUAUUCCACUUUUGCACGUUAGCCGGUCGUUGACAACUACCGCGAGGUCCAAGCGGCGUGUCGUCGUGACCGGGAUAGGAACCGUGUGUCCCUUGGGAGUCGGGACGCGAAAUGCUUGGGAAGUUCUUAUCGACUCUAAAUGUGGAAUUACGCGACUUUCCGAACCGGAUUACGACAAGCUACCAUGCAAAGUAGCCGCAUUGGUGCCAAAGGGAAACUCUUCUCAUGAGCUUAACAUUGAUUCCUACUUCACAAAAAGUGAGUUACGCACAAUGUGCCCUGCUACUGCAUAUGCGCUGAUAGCUUCGGAAGAGGCAUUAAUAGAUGCAAAUUGGAAACCAACUGAUGAAGCCGAUAAACGUGACACUGGAGUCUCGGUAGGAAUCGGCAUGAUAGACCUAGUGGACGUGUGCAUGACAUAUGAAGCUCUGAAAAAAGGAUACAGCAAAAUCAGUCCGUUCUUCGUUCCAAGAAUAUUGCCGAACAUGGCUGCUGGUCAGAUCAGUAUCAAGUACGGUUUUCGUGGACCCAACCAUUCAGUAUCGACUGCAUGUGCGACGGGAGCACAUGCAAUUGGAGAUGCAUUCCGCUUUAUCCGUGGUGGCGAGACAAGUGUGAUGGUAUGUGGUGGUGCUGAGGCAUGUAUCAGUCCAUUGGCUAUAGCCGCAUUUUGCCGGCUACGCGCGUUGAGCACAUCGAAGAACGACAUGCCACGGGAGGCCUCACGGCCCUUCGAUCGUGAUCGCGAUGGUUUUGUUAUGGGCGAAGGCGCCGCGAUACUGGUUCUGGAGGAGCUAAAUCACGCGCUCGCCCGGAACGCGUCCAUCUACGCCGAGGUGCUGGGCUACGGUCUGUCUGGCGAUGCAUCACACAUAACGGCACCCAGCGAGGAUGGCACCGGUGCGCUGCUGGCAAUGGAUCGGACAUUGAAGGACGCCGGCAUCGAGACCUCGGAAGUGACGCAUGUAAACGCGCACGCCACAUCCACGCCGCUGGGUGAUGCGAUCGAGGUGAAAGCGAUCGAGUCAUUGAUGGGCGAACACAGUAAAAACGUGACGAUAACGAGCACAAAGGGGGCGCAUGGUCAUCUGCUGGGUGCUGCCGGCAACUUGGAAGCCGCCUUCACGAUCCUGACGAUCAAGGAGGGCGUCAUACCACCUACGUUGAAUUUACACAACUUAAAUAUGGAGACAGAUCUAAGAUUUGCGCCACAUACGAAAAUGAAAUGGAACACAACAAAGCGUCGGACGGCCCUGAAAAAUGCGUUUGGCUUCGGUGGAACGAAUGCGUGCUUAUGCUUCACACAAUACGUCGACUAAGUUCAAGAGGGAAUCAUCAUAUCAUAAUCGCUCUUGAGAUAUUUACAAAAGGAUUCAACGAUGAACUUUAAAAGAUGAAGAUUUCUAAAGUACAUGGAGAAGAAAAAUUAUUAUUUUAAAAAAUGAAAAAAAAUUAUAUUAUAUUGCAAUCUUCAUUAGUUUGAAAAAGAUACAGCAUAUGUCCAUAAAGAUGCAAACGUCUAAGAGGAAAAAGAAGAAAAGAUGUCAAUUAUCCGAUCAAAUCUAAUUUGAAGUUACAAAUACAAUAUUGAUAGAAUUAAUUAUUAAUCAUUCCUUGUAAUAUUCAAGGAUAAAUACAUAAAAUCCAAAAAAGAUAAUAUGGAUUCUUGACGUUUUCAUUUCAAUUGAUAAGAAAGGAGGCACUGUUCCUGUAAAUAUACACUGAUAUGUAAAUAUGUAUAAAAAAUCUAAGAGAAGCAAAUUCGGUGAUGAAUUAAAUUUUACACAACUAAUUACCAGUAGAUAGAGCGGCUUAAAUAUUUUUAAUAACUUUUAUGCAACAUACAAUAUAUAUGUGUAUGAGUU